AUGUAUAUUGUACCAACACAAAAGCAACACCUAGCUAAGUGCAAAGCACAAAAACCAAUAGCGAGCACCGCAGCAACCGCAGCAAUGGCUCUCGUCGUGCUCGCCGCCGUGUCCUCUGACGUCCUUCCCGUCGCCGACGCCGACGAUGGCCUCUUCUCCAGGACGUGCAAGAAGAGCAAGACCCCCGCGAUCUGCGUGGCCAUGCUGAGAGCCGACCGAAGGACCGACGGCGCCAUGAACCUGUACGGCCUCGCCAGCAACGCGCUGCUGAUCGCAAUCGACACUGUCUACAACAACACUAGGGUAAUCGUCGACUUGUUCAAGGGCAAAGAGGGCACACCGGAGGGGGGAGCGCUGGAUGUUUGCAACCAGGCCUAUCUCGAAGCCGACAACGACCUUGAGCUCCAAGCGCGCGUUGCCCUCGACUUUUUGGACUAUGCCGGCGCGUCGAAUGUCAUCUUGCUCGCGAAGGACGCCGGUGAUAUGUGUGAGGACGCGUUCAAGGCGAUCAACAAGAAGUCCCCCCUGACCGACAUGGAUCGCCAGAUGACGGAGCGCUGUGGUGUCACGGCCGACCUCAUGGAUCUGCUUGCCUCCAAGCGAUCGGAAUAA